GUCAGCUAGAACAGUUGAAAGUGUGUUCUUCUCAUAUCAUGUCGUCUGUAACAUCCAAGAAGGAAGAUGGGGUUAUGUUGUUGAAGUAAACUGAUUUCAAAAAAAAAGACAGCGUUUUCAAAUUACACUAAGUUUUUGACAGUUAUUUCAGUAUGGCUUUACGAAUUUUGCACGGUGAGUUCCUUUCACAUCAUGUUGGAGUCAUGCACCAUCUUUUAACACCAGAACGGCUGCUUUCGUCAGUUGCUGCUCGCCCUGCUCUUUCAACUUUGAUUGACGGAAACAUUAGCUCUGCAAAUGAAACAAGCCCACCCAAAAUUCUAUCUCCUUUCCGCACUGGUGAAAGUGAUCCACAAAAUCACUCUGAAAGUCAACUAGGCCGUCAUUAUACCAUACCUGAAGAUAUAAAGCAGACAAUAUUCAAACAUGGUGGCCUGCCCAAGAAAUUUGAUGAACUCACUCAUGUUUUUACAGAAACAAGUAUUAUGGUUAGAAAACCAUUCCUUGAAAUAAAGGAUUAUGUAAAAAAAAUAGAUUUCAACAGGCCUGCGGUUAGAUUUGUAUUGUAUGGGGAAACUGGUCAGGGAAAAUCCAUGACUCUGGCCCAUGUUGUCCAUUAUGGGUUCAACGCAGGGUUUUUACUUGUACAUGUACCUUGGGUAAAUUCCUUCAUGAGAAAGUCUAAGGAUAUAUCUCCAUCAGAGUCAAAGCCAGGCAUGUUAGAUGUUCCCAUAAAUGCAGCUGCUUGGCUUGUGCAUUUUAGGGCACAAAACCAACACCUCCUGCAAAAAUUGGAUUUUAAAACAUCGAAAUCUUAUCAAUAUGGUCCACGUGACACAAUUGAUGCUGGAGCUCCAAUUGAAGAGCUUAUCGAGUUCGGUGUGGGGCGUGCUAAAUAUGCUUGUGAUGUUGUUGAAGACUUAUUACGUGAAGUCAAAAGUGCAUCCAACAGUGGCUUGUUUAAAACUAUGGUCGUAAUUGAUGGUUUUAAUGGCCUGUUCUCACCAUUUAUGAAGACACUACGAAUGAAAAAAAAGGUCAUACAUCAACGAUGCACCUUAGCCUUACCCUUCUUGGAAAUUUCUCGAUUCGAUUGGUGCAAUGGUGUUGUGGUGCUGUCUGUUGAUAAACAUGCACACACUGAUCCCUUUAAUGCUGAAAGUGCACUUCCACUGUAUCUCUUAGGAAAAGAGGGCUGGGAGCACUUAGAUCCAUUCAUUCCGAUUAAUGUUGAAGAGUACAAUACUGCAGAAACAAAUUCUGCAUUAGAUUACUACAUUGAUCGUCGAUGGAUUCAGCAUCCAGGAGCUCAAAGUGAAAGUGGUCGUGCUGAACUCCGUGCUAUGUGUGGAGGAAAUGGUUUGGAACUUUUGAAACUCUGUGCCCCUCUUUAAGACUAUAAGUAAGAUAUGUUUGUAAUGCCAUGUGUAGUGUUAAAUAAAUUGUACGUUUUGCACCAA